AAGGAUUUCCAAAAUAUUUUGUAGUCUAUUUUCAUACAUGUUCCUUACUAUAGCUGGUGAUUGAUGAUAUCAAAAUUGAAUACCACAAUAUGCUUACUGGCUGUUCUUAAAUCAAGUAAAUACAGUAUAUAUGUGUAUGUACAACUUUUUACGACAGCCACAGGAUAGAGAUAUUUACGGUAACGUGUAGUUUCGGUUUCGAAACAAACCACCACCAUGACCACUAAGGAGGACACAGAAUUGGAUGCUGCACCUGUAGACAGUAGGUGUACAGACGCCAGAUCACAGGGAUAUCUAGGGUUUAUCAACAGAAUAAGUAAUCGAGAACUCUACGAACGCCACCCCAGCUAUCCCAGGACAGUUGAUGAAUACCCAGUGGAGCCCGAGGAUCUGAUCCAUAUUGUUUUUGUUCGUGCCAAAGAAGAUUAUGACACAUUUGAUGGUUUUUUAAAGUGGUUUACGGAAAUUUUAUCAACGGUAGAAAAUGGCGAAACUGUGACAUAUGAAACACACGAUAGUGAGCUGUUCCCAGGCACACACGAUGACAAUAUCCAUGACAUAUGUGAAAGAGCAAUGUUUAUUGUGCCAUUUCUCUCCAAGUUUUUCUGUACUGAUAAAGCAUUACGAUUCUUCACCAGUGAAGCGAUUGGAAAGACAAGAUUAAAUCAAACUUGCACCAAAGGACAGCUGGAAAAAACCUUAAAAAGGCAGAAAAAGUAUGCUGUGAGACCAAUUCAUACUGCUGACCCCCGUAGUGGUACAUAUCGUAUUCCAACUGGCCUUACUAUGAUGAAAGGAAUUGAAUUUUACAGCAAAGAUAAACAUGUUGGAUAUGUGAAAAACCAAGUAACAGGAAUGAUCAAAGAAGCUAUCAGAAAGUUUGAUGAGAGAAAUGCGGCCAUGAUCAGUGCACUUACUGGAAGGGACCAACUCCUGGAAGAAUUUGAUGAAAGUUUUGAGAAAAAAUUUGGUCCCCCUCCAGUGGAACCCAGCAUUGAAAGCAUUAUGCAUGGAAACCCAAAUGGUCUGGCUCUCGUAGGAAAUGGACAUGGUGUCCAAGAACAACAGGUUGGAAAUAUGGGAAUGGGAGAGUAUUUAACUCUGACCACUGAUUCUCUGGCUGCUGAAACUGACGGAAACACUUCCUUGACUAACAGUGCUUCAUCAGAUACUCAAGGAAACAAGCAACUGAAUGAUACAGCAGUUUUCACAAACGGAGAGACAACAUUGCCCCAAACAAGCACAACUUCUGAAGGUGAAAGGGUAAAUUUGUUGGCAGAGGGGAAAAAUGUCUGCAUAAAUGACAGUAAUGGUUUUAGGCCAGCUGCGUCUCAAAAUGAUAUAUCACUUGAGAUUGAUAAUGGAUCCCUUUACAAAAAUACAGUACAAAAUGCAACUCAGAAAGCGGCAAAAAGCCAGGACCAGAAUUCCCCAGACAGAGCCCUCAAUUUCAGUCCUGGUGUCAGGGUGAGGAAGGACUCUGGGGAGACAGUGAGGACCAAUUAUAUAUCUUACACAGGACCCGCUGUUCCAAAUAUUGCAAAGGCUGCGGCGAGCAACACUACCCAGGAAGAACUAAAGGGCAAACAACCUAUGAAAAAUCAAAGGAAAAAAGGGGAAAAUAUCAUUGUCAUUCAAAACUGUAGAGUGGUACAAAUUGGUGAUGGAUCUGCCAUUCAUACCAGAGAAAAGAGGAAGUCUGCUCAGAAGAAUACCGCAAAAAUUGAAACAAGUUGGUAUGAUACCAGCCCAACCACACAAAUCUCUGAGAGUGAGACUAGUUGGAAUGAUUUGAGUUCCACUGAUGAGUCCUACAUUGAGACUAGAACUAAAGUGAUGACAAACGAGGACACUGUAAGCAAGGAGUUUAACACCUCAGACAGUGAUAAUGAGAAUGCUCUUUUUGCUGACAACAUUCCAAGUGACUUCAGUCGUGCAUCAAGGAAUUCUGCGAGGUCCUCUCAAGGUUUGCAAAUGGCUGAGGAACAUGGUGAAGAGUUAGAGGAGCCUGGGUCAGACAUGGAUUCUUUCCUUGAUGAACAAUUGAAUGAUCCUUCAUUAGAAUCUCUGAAACCUUUUGAAGAGGACCCCCUGGAGUGUACCGGUGUCUGCCACGAGCCCAUAGUCCGACUCUGUAAAAACACAAUGAAGAGAUAUGGUUCCAUUGACAAUGGGUACCACAGCCAUUUCAGUCACAUCUACCAGACAAGUCUGACUCCCCGCCCAGGGACUGAACAAGAUGAAGACGAAGUGGAUUGAUUACU